CGACUUCCUCGAGGUCGAUAGUGUGUGUACCCUAGACAGUGCCCUUUCCCUCUCCUUUUCUUCUGUUAUAUAGCGGCUCACGACACAUGUCCCUUCCCAAGCGAAUCCUCAAAGAGACUGAACGACUCAGGAACGACCCUGCCCCUGGCAUCACUGCAGUUCCGCAUGAAGACAAUGUCAGAUACUUUGACGUGACUGUCGAAGGGCCGGAUGGAAGCCCAUUUGCUGGUGGCAACUUCCACCUCGAGCUGUUCCUGCCAGAAGAGUACCCUAUGGCGCCACCAAAAGUCCGCUUCCUCACUAAGAUCUACCAUCCCAACAUUGACAAACUUGGCCGGAUUUGCCUCGAUAUCCUUAAAGACAAAUGGUCACCAGCACUCCAGAUUCGAACAGUCCUUCUCUCUGUACAAGCCCUGUUAUCUUCCCCGAAUCCGGAUGAUCCGCUGGCGACUGAUGUCGCCAAACAUUACAAGGAGGACUUGCCCGGCGCACAGGCCAUUUCGAAGGAGUGGACGGAGAAGUUCGCUGCCAAGUAAUGCUAAUGUGUGGGAGGACUGGCGUCUGUCAGCGCUGUAUGUGAAGGAAGGGUGCCCGUGGUCGUCAUGCACAGCUUUGAUUCCUUCCCACUCGGUCCGAUAUCCAAGUGUAUCAUUCUCAGCAUAUCCUGUCGUUCCUGCUGUACCGUACUCUAGAGCAUGCGUGGACGAGAUGAAAGAGACCAACUUGAGAA